AUGAGACUUACAGAGCCUGACCAAGAAUCCGCUGUGUCCGUUCAACUCGAUACACAACCCGAAGCAGGACCCUCGUCUGUGGCAGGGAGCUCUAACGGGUAUAACGGCUCUACUGCAAAGCAGAACGGCUACAGUAACUCCUACACAAAUGGUCAUUCAAAGGCGUCCCCCACGGACGCCACGAACGGAGGAGGUAGACUCGAGACGCAGACAACGUCCAUCACAAAGGUGUCUUUGCCGGGAUCGACACUAUACGACGACUCAUAUGUGGACCGGGAGGAGUUUGUCAGGCUGAUCAUACAGAGCCUGAGGGACGUGGGUUACAUCGAGUCUGCUGCCACGCUGGAGGCUGAGUCAGGGUACACCAUGGAGAGCCCCGAAGUCGCCGAGUUCAGACGGUGUAUUCUGGACGCCGACUGGGCCCGGGCAAACGCUGCUUUGAUGCGCCUCGGCGUCGCAGACGAUGAGAGACUCUGGGAGGCCAAGUUCCUCAUCAGCCAACAGAAAUACCUAGAAUUGCUAGAGGCAAACAAGAUCACCACUGCACUGCAUGUACUGCGGAACGAGCUUGCGCCUAUGAACGUAGACCCGGAUCAAUUACACGCGUUGUCGAGUCUCAUGAUGUGUUCGGACCCUGAAGACCUGCGACAACGAGCAGGAUGGGAUGGCGCAUCAGGUCAUUCCAGACGACGCUUACUCGGCAACCUGCAACGUUACAUACCCUCAUCUGUCAUGAUCCCUCAACGAAGAUUUGCCACAUUGCUCGACCAGGCCCGCGCAUACCAGCAAAGCUUGUGCUUAUACCACAAUGCGCCAUCGAAUUCACGGACAUUCUCCCUAUAUACCGAUCAUCUAUGCGACAAGAACGCAUUCCCUCGAGUCACGACAGCGAUUCUGGAAGUUCAUACAGACGAGGUAUGGAAUUUAGAGUGGAGCCACAGCGGGAACUUCCUCGCGUCAGCGAGCAAAGACAAGACAGCGAUCAUUUGGAGAGUCGAGCAUGACAAAGACCCGUCAAUACGAGACAUCUCGCCACAAUUUAUCCUACGCGAUCAUCCAUAUCCCGUGGGGUGUGUUGCAUGGUCACUAGAUGAUUCGAUACUGCUCACUUCCGCGGAGCAUUUCAUCAAGCUCUGGAAUACCAGGACUGGACUGUGUGUAAGGUCCCUGGAAGCACAUACGGAUGUCGUAACAGCAUUGGCUUGGCUCCCCGACGGGUCCGGCUUUAUCUCAGGCGGCCUUGACAGGAAGAUUAUACUCUGGGAUGCCGAUGGCAAGCAAAGAGACUCCUGGGGGCAGAGUCCCAUCCGGGUCACUGACCUCACCGUCACCCCAGACUUCACGCGUCUGGUUGCUGUCGGCAUGUACGAUGUUCCCGCCAGUGGGCCGGGUGUCACAGCCACACCUGAGAACGGAAACCAGUCCGGAGCAGGGCGAAGCGCUGAGAACCGGGUGAUCGUGUACGACCUAUUGACGAAGCAACCACAACUAUUCAUCCCGGUAGACGGGGAAUUGACGAGCGUGGAGGUCUCCGACGACUCGCGGUAUGCACUCAUCAACCGUGCUCCCGAGGCCAACGCUCCAUGUGAGAUCCACCUGUGGGAUCUCGAAUCGGAGCGUGUAGCGCGGAGAUAUCUGGGCCAUAAACAAUCUAAGCAUGUCAUCAGAAGCUGCUUCGGUGGUGUCGAUGGGACCUUCGUCGCUAGUGGCAGCGAAGACGCAAUCGUGUAUAUUUGGCAUCGUGAUACAGGGACCCUGCUGGAGGCACUGCCUGGCCACGGUCCGGGGAGUGUUAACUCGGUCGCCUGGAACCCGCAGAACGAGCGGAUGUUCGCCUCGUGCUCCGAUGAUCAUACCAUUCGGAUAUGGGAGGCGCCACCGACGAACAUCAUGGGCGUUCCAGAUGCCGAGGAACACUCACGACAGGCACAUGAAGCGGAUGGUAAGGGGAAGGGGAAGAGCCGCGAGCGAUGGGACGGCCAAGCUACAGGCACCAGCUACGGACUUGGGUCCAGUUCUGGCUCAACACUGCUCUGAGGACAUCGCAACUUUCACGCUUGUACGGUAGGUCGCAUGUGUUGAGUAUCGCUUCUACCUUGCACAUAAAGUCACGACAGUCAUUUGCCAUCAUACUCGACUUUUCUUGCAUCAUACUCGUUGCAUAUCGCUCUGUUUAAUUGCCACGCUCACGUCCACUUGCACAUGAUGAUAUCUCCCUUUGCAUAUAGAACUGUAAACGCGUAUGAACUAACAUGUACAUUUACCGACCUGAUACCUGGAUGAAGCUGAAUGAAUGAGAAUAUGGACAGACCGAC